AAUUUUAUAAUUUUACAUUUUAUUAUUGUUGGAUUUUUUUUUUUUUGCAUUCGCUGUUCUGUCUUAUUUCCACAAGGGGGAGGUGUUGCGCAUUUAUUUGCAACCAACAACUCACGAAGAAGAACAAAAAGAAAAGUGUGUCAAGGCCUCCAGAUUGUAUAGACUACUACCGGAAAUGAUCAUUCACUGUCAGUAAAAAAAAUGAUGCACUAGUGCUGUGAAUUAAUUACAUAAACCAGGUUAAAGACAAGAUUCAAUAAAGGAAAAUAUAUAUUGAGCUAAAUACUACCCUGUUGCAGGAUUUUGUUCAUGCUGCUUCACUUUAAAGAACACCAGUGUGAGGCUCUUAUUCUGAAAGGUUACCGGACAUGACGUGGAAUUGCUACUUGCUUGUUUCCGAUAACUCCAGAAACAAAAUCCCUCGGUUUGGUCGUAAGUUUAUCUUAAUUGUGAACGAAAUGGGGAGAUACAAAUGUGCAUACAACUGCGAAAACUCCCACGAAUCAGCUGUUAAGUUUUUUAAGUUUCCACUAUACAACCCCCGAAAACUGAAGAAAUGGCUGAACAACAUGAAGUGGGAUGACUGGACUCCGUCUCGUUUCUCGGUGCUGUGCAGUCAUCAUUUUGAGGAGCAGCACAUCGACAGAACAGGGAAAUGUGUGACACUAAGAGACGAUGCCAUCCCCACCAUAUUUUCUCCUUCUGUUGACACACAGAAAACCAAGGCUCCCAUCAACCCGAGAAGAAAGCAAAACAAGCCGCCUGCUGUGAAAGCCUCAAAGACGAGUUCAGCUCAGUGUCCAACAACCACUCGCUCCACAUCAAAGCCUGACAUCCAGAACAAAGAGGCCAGCCAGACAGAAGAGCCUUCCCGAGACGAAGAGCAGAACAGGCCUGAAAGAUGGAGGAUUAUAGUCGACGAAGGACUCAUGAAGAUUGAGUCAUUUCCACAUUUCUUCCAUGGAGAUUACUGCGUGCCACAGCAGGAUGUUCAGUGGGCUCCAGACGAUGAUUUAAGUGCAGAAUGUAAAGAUCCUGAAAAGAUGAUCGAGGUGACAGAGCCGUGGCAGUGGCUCGGUCUGGAUGUCAGAGGAGAGCUGCCUGAGACUCUAAACGGACACAAAUACAUGUUGACUGUGACAGACUUCUUCUCUAAGUGGGUAGAAGCUGUACCUUUGGAGGCCUUCCUCCCAGAACAUGUAGCGAAGCACAUCGUGGAAAUCAUCGCCCACUUUGGAUACCCGCUCAGGAUCCUCUCCAGACUGCCGCAUGACAUGGUCCAAAAAAUCAACAAAGAACUGAAGGAGCAGCUGAAGAUCACCAUUGCUCUUGUCGUCCAUCAUCAGCAGACCGGCACCGCAGAUGUGAUCACAGAGCAGCUGAUUGACAGGAUGGUCAAUGAGCUAAUAGAAGAGCACGCUCCUGACUGGGACGUUUACCUGCCUGCAAAGAUAUUCAGUCUGUGCUUCAAGGAGAACUCACAGACCAAAGAAAGACCCUUCUCAGUGCUCUGCUGUAAGGAGCUGGAGCUGAAGAAGUCUCCCAGAGAACUGGGCUUUUCUAAUUCCAGGGUCCAGGACAGUGCUUUUGUGGUGAGAUAGGGUCAGCUAAUAUGAUUGGUUUUAUGAGAGG